AUGACCGUGACCCCGGACCCGGGGGGCCUCAGCUUGCAGCUGCCCCUGGACAUGAUAGUGGCCUUCUCCAGCACGCCCAGGGACCCCACCUCCAAAUUCCUGGGCUCCUGGCUCCAGGCGGAGAUCUCCCCAGACGUCUUCCCCCACAGGCCCUGGCACUGCCCCAUUGGGGCAGGCUCUCUGGGCCCCCUGGGGCCUCCCGGCCUCACCGAUGCCCAGCACUACCAACAGCAGGAGCCCGCUGACCCCCAUGGCCCCGCCGGGCCCGACCCAGAGAGGCUGCGCCGCCUGGAGGAACGGCUGGAGGGUCUGAGAGCCGCGGUGGCCCUGCUCAAGGAGCAGAACGCAGUCCUGCAGUCCCGGGUGAAGCAGCUGGAGUCCUGUGAGUGCCGCCGGCCUCUGUGUACGUGGCAGGGGAAACAGCAUCCAGACGGGACCCGCUGGGAGCCCGACGCCUGUACCAGCUGCCUCUGCCUGGACGGAGCAGUACGCUGCAGGGCCCACCCGGACCGACCCCGCUGCCUCGGCUGCACCCACGCCAACAAGACCUACAGCAAUGGGGAAACCUUUUUCCCGGACCCCUGCACUGCCUGCCGCUGCCUGGAUGGAAAGGUGGCAUGUACUCAGCAGCCCCCAGGAUGCUGCCCUCACUGUGAGCCAGGCUGUGAGUACGAGGAGCAGUACCACCCAGAGGGCACCAACUUCCUGUCCAGCUCCAACCCUUGUCUCAGCUGCUCCUGUUUGAGGGGCCUGGUUCGCUGUAUCCCUGUGAAGUGCCCACCCAGCACCUGUUCUCAGCCUAUCCUGAGCCCUGGGCACUGCUGCCCAACCUGCCAAGGCUGUGAGGAGGACGGCUCUUCCCACGCCCAUGGAGAUGAGUGGACGGCCCCUGGUGACCCCUGCCAGCUCUGCCGCUGCUUGGAGGGCCAGGUCCUGUGCCACCAGAAGGAAUGUGCCAGCCUCUGCCCGCACCCUGCCCGGCCCCACCCUGGUACCUGCUGCCCGGUCUGUGACGGAUGCUUCUUGAAUGGGCAUGAGUACCGCAGCGGGGAGUCUGUGAAAUCUGGGGACCCCUGUACCCACUGCCGCUGUGAGGAUGGGCGUGUCCACUGUGAGCCGGUGCCUUGUCCCUCCUUGCCCUGCAGCCACCCGGGCAAAAGGCCCAGCCAGUGCUGCCCUGUCUGUGAAGGCUGUGAAUAUGAGGGGCACCAGUACCAGAGCGAGGAGACCUUCCAGCCCCCAGGGCACGGCCCCUGCACUCACUGCUCCUGUCAGGCUGGCAGGGUCCGGGUUGCCACGGUGAUGGUGGUGUGCCCUGCAGUGUGCAUGCUGGAUGGAGAGGAGUUUGCCGAGGGAGUGGAGUGGGAGCCGGAGGGGCAGCCUUGCCACACCUGCUCUUGUGUCCGGGGACUGCCUGUCUGUGGACCUGUGCUCUGCCCCCCGCCCACUUGCCAGCACCCCACCCAGAUGCCCGGAGCCUGCUGCCCCAAAUGCCAGAGCUGCACCUUCCGGCACCGCGUCUAUGCCAAUGGGCAGAAUUUCACAGACCCUGACAGCCCCUGCCAGACCUGCCACUGCCAGGAUGGGACGGUCCAGUGCUCUCCCAUCGACUGCCCCCCUACCACCUGUGCCAGGCCUCAGACCGUGCCCGGGCAGUGUUGCCCUAAGUGCCCAGACUGCCUCCUGGAGAAGCAAGUGUUUGUGGACGGCGAGAGUUUCUCCAGUCCCCGGGAUCCAUGCCAGGAAUGCCAGUGCCGGGGAGGCUCUGUCCACUGCCAGUCCCGGGCCUGCCCUGAGGCUCCCUGUGCCCACCCUCUGCCUGGUACCUGCUGCCAGAGCAACUGUAACGGCUGCGACUUUGCGGGGAAGGAAUAUCCCAACGGAGCAGAAUUCCCUCAUCCCACCGACCGUUGCCGCCUCUGCCACUGCAUUAAUGGGAACGUGCAGUGCCUGAGACGGAGGUGCCCCCCACUGUCCUGCCCGGAGCCCUUCUUGCCACCUGGCGAUUGCUGCCCCCAGUGCCCGGCACCCCCGGCUGGCUGCCCACGGCCUGGAUCACCCCCCGCCCGCCAUCAGGAGCAGUUCUCCCCGCCCAGGGACCCCUGCCGCCGCUGCCUCUGCCUCAACGGUUCCACGUCCUGCCAACGGCUGCCCUGCGCCCCGGUGCCCUGCACGCAUCCCCUGCAGGGGGCCUGCUGUCCCUCAUGUGAUGGAUGCCUGUACGACGGGAAAGAGUUGCCCAACGGGGAACGUUUCCUGGACCCCAGGGACCCCUGCAAGGUCUGCCUCUGCUGGGAGGGCAGCGUCAGCUGCAAGCCCCGUGCCUGUGCCCCCGCCCAGUGCCCCUUCCCCACCCGGGGACCUUGCUGCCCGGCCUGUGAUGGAUGUGAGUACCUGGGGGAGUCCUACCUGAGUGGCCAGGAGUUCCCAGAGCCUGGAGAACCGUGCAGCCACUGCACCUGCCUCGGGGGCUUUGUCUCCUGCAGCCGUCGGCCCUGCUACCAGCCAGGCUGCAGUCACCCGGUCACCCCACCCGGACAGUGCUGCCCGCUUUGUCAGGGCUGCCUGUAUAGCGGGAUCACUGCAGCCACGGGAGAGACAUUCCCAGACCCGGCCGACCCCAGUUGCUCUCUCUGUACCUGUCAGGCUGGUUCCGUGCAGUGCCUGAGGAAACUGUGUCCACCAGCCACCUGCCCUCACCCCACCCCAGGGCCCUGCUCCUGCCCUAUCUGUCUAGGUUGCCGUUUUGAGGGACAGGAACGUCAGGAUGGGGAGGUGUUUGAGGGGCCAGAGGGCAGCUGUGAACAGUGUCGUUGCCAGGCUGGCAGCGUGCACUGUGAGAAGGACCCGUGCCCUCACCUGUCCUGUGCCCUGCAGGUUACAGAGCCCGGGACCUGUUGCCCCCGUUGCAGAGGCUGUGUGUCUCAGGGUAGCCAACACCCUGAGGGCAGCAGCUGGACCCCGCCGGAUGCCCCCUGCUCCACCUGCAUGUGCCACGAGGGCGUUGUCACCUGUGCCCGCAUCCGCUGCAUCAGCUCUUGUGCCCGCCCCCGCCAGGUGCCUGGGGAGUGUUGCCCACUCUGUGAAGACUGCGUGCACGAGGGCCGGACGUACCAUCCCGGGGAUAGUUUCCAGCCGGGCGCCGACCCCUGUGAACUCUGCACCUGUGAGCUGCAGCCAGAGGGCUCCCCACGCCUACACUGUUCCCGGAAGCAGUGCCCCAGCCUCUUGGGCUGCCCCCCAUCACAGCUCCUGCCCCCUGGGCCUCGGGACUGCUGCCCGACCUGUGCCCAGGCCUUGAGUAACUGCACAGCCGGGCUGCUGGGAAGGAGGUUGCCUGCCCCGGAUCCCUGCUACACCUGCCAAUGCCAGGACCUGACGUGGUUGUGUGUGCCCCGGGCCUGCCCUCAGCUCAGCUGCCCCCUGGCACAGCACCAUACGCCCCCCGGUGCCUGCUGCCCUGUCUGCGAUGAGUGUGUGAUAGAGAUGAACCGGCGAGUGGCCGAUGGGGAGAGCUGGCAGGAUGCCAGCAAUGCCUGUGUCACCUGCACCUGCCAGCGGGGACACGUGGAAUGUCACACGGAGGAAUGCGCAGCUUUGGCCUGUCCCGACGGUUGGACAAGGGGGCGGGUCCCAGGCAGCUGCUGUGACCAGUGCCAAGCCCCCACCCUGCCCUGCUCCUACCAAGGCCGCAAGGUGCCCUCAGGAGAGAAGUGGGCAGUGGAUGAGUGCACCAGCUGCUCCUGCCUCUCCGGCGUCGUGCAGUGCCGGAGCCAGCGAUGCCCGCCCCUCACCUGUGCCCCAGAGGAGGCCCCGGGCCUGCACCCGGGUCACUGCUGCCCGCGCUGCCUGGCCCGGCCCGCUUCCUGCCUGGCCUUCGGGGACCCGCAUUACCGCACCUUCGACGGCCGCCUGCUCCAUUUCCAAGGCAGCUGCAGCUACGUGCUGGCCCGGGACUGUCGGGGAGGUGACUUCAGCGUCCACGUGACCAACGAGGACCGGGGCCGUCGAGGCGUGGCUUGGACACGGGCGGUGACGGUGCUGCUCGGGGGCCUGGACGUGCGGCUCCUCCGCCACGGGGACGUCACGGUGGACGGGCGGCCGGUGUCCCUGCCCUUCUUGCGGGAGCCGCUGCUGUUCGUGGAGCUGCGGGGCCGCACGGUGCUGCUGCACACUCAGCUCGGGCUCAAGGUGCUGUGGAAUGGUCAGUCCCAGGUGGAGGUGAGCGUCCCGGGCUCUUAUCGGGGCCGGACCUGUGGGCUCUGUGGCAACUUUAAUGGAUUCGCCCAGGAUGAGCUGCGGGGCCCCACGGGGCUGCCGCUGGCUUCCGAGGCCACCUUUGGCAACAGCUGGCAGGUAGAACCGGGCCAGGCCUCCUCCUGUUCCCCGGGCCAGGAGGUGAACCCAUGUCGGGAGGCGGGUUACAGAGCCCGGCGUGAGGCCAAUGCCCGUUGCGCUGUGCUGAAGUCAGUGGCAUUUGAGCGCUGCCACCCGGUCGUGCCCCCGGAGCCUUUCUUUGCCGCCUGUGUCUACGACCUAUGUGCCUGUGGGCCAGGAGCCCCUGCUGAUGCUUGUCUCUGUGAUGUCCUCGAGGCCUAUGCCACCCGCUGCCGCCAAGCUGGCAUUAGCCCAAAAUGGCGGGGCCCUUCACUCUGUGCGGUGGGCUGCCCCCUGGACCGGGGCUUUGUGUUUGACGAGUGUGGCCCGCCCUGCCCCCGGACCUGCUUCAACCAGCACGUGCCCCUACGAGAGUUGGCCGCCCACUGUGUGCGGCCAUGUGUGCCCAGUUGCCAGUGUCCGGCAGGGCUCGUGGAGCACGAGGGUCACUGCAUCCUGCCCAAGUUCUGCCCUCCAAUCCAGCUGGCCCCAGAACUGGAGCCCAUGCCUCUGCCUACCCCCAGCAGAGACCCCCGCUGGAGAUCCUGAGCUCGUAACCUGGCCAGAUGGAAAUUCGGCUUCCAGUCACAACUCUCCACUCAGGCUUUGCCCACCAGAGUCUGGUGACCAGUCCACCCUACACUAAGACCCUUGCUGGACUGGCUCAUUCCACUCCUAGGUCCACCAGGCUUGUUACACUGAUUCCAGUCUGAAAAGGUGGGUGGGGGGAGCAUGGUGCCCAGCCAGGUCCUGCUUGCUUGGUUUACCACUGAAUCGGAGUGCCAGCUGAACCCACAUCUGGAGCAUUAAACCUCUGAUGAUUUCUC